AUGGGGUUCCUUCAUCAACUCCGCUUGUUGUUAUGGAAGAAUUUCACCUUAAAGAAGCGAUCACCGUUUGUCCUGUUAUUUGAGCAAUUCAUUCCAUUGGUGCUUUUUGUUAUCUUGGUUCUCAUUCGACAAAAACAACCUGCCCAUCCAUGGAAAGCUAGUUAUUAUGCUGCUAAACCAUUACCAUCUGCUGGAGUUAUAUCUAUCAUGCAAGCAUUCUGUGAUGGAGGAAUAUGGGAUGAUAACAACUUUGUUAUUUUUCCCAAAAAUAGAGUGCAUCAGUUUUUAACUCAGGUUCAAUCUGUGGCAAAGGAUAACAAUUUCUUUGAGCCUGACUUUAGUCUUAAAGAAAUGGAUGAGAUUCCUAGUAUCUACAAGAGUAUCAUUGAUGAUCCUGCCACUUUACGAGAUAGAUUUAAAAAUGCAGAAAAUUUCAAAUUGAAUUAUAUAAUGAAUGAUACAUCUGAAUUAGAAAAGUUUUUCAUCAAUAAUAUGUCUUUGACUCCUACUGAAGUGGAAACACUUCUUCAUGCUUCUAUAAACACUAAAAAGAUUUAUGAAAUUUUGUCUGGAUCUUCCUUCGGUUCUUCAUUUGUAUUUGAAGAAAAGAGAGAUGCAACAAAUGCAGAAAGCAAUUUUCUUGACAACAGCAACAACCAAGAAUAUUUAGCUGAGCAAUUAUUUCUUGGAGACAAAAACUCUCCCUUUGACUCUAAAUUUACUUAUAGCUUGCUUUAUGAAUUGCUUGACAGUGAGCAGUUAAAAUUAAACAGUGACAUCUUGGAUACAGUUGGUCAAUUGAUUGGUUUACCUGCAUACAGAGAGACUAAAAUUAAUCCUGUCAAAGUAGCUCAAGUGCUUAAGCUAGUUCUCCUUUCUCCUAUUGUAAUUAAGAAAGUGGCUUGUGGAAGAGAAGGUGCAUCAAGUUUACUUAUUAUAAAUCCAAAAUACAAUAAUUCAGAUUUGAUUCAUGUGCAAAAUAAAAUAUGUAGAAGUAAUCAUGAACAAAUGAAGAAGCUUACUGCCAUUUUAAAUGCUGAUAUUUCUGACCAGAUGGUUGUUAAUAUUCUUCAUCUUAAUAAAUUAAAUCUAACAGAAGCAGAACAUCAAAUAACUCAAUUUCUUGUGAAAGUAAGUUACAUAUUUUUUUUACCUUCAAUUUAA